GGAGGGGAGGUGGGGAAGUGAAAGCGCAAAGGAGCGAAGUAAGGCAGAGCUCAUUCAGUGGGAUUGUUGAGCACAGAGCUCCACGGAUUACUGUGAUAGAAAUCUGUCUGUUUGAUUUCUGGUGCUGCUCUCGCUCAUGCCCUGGACGCACUGAAGGCUUGCAUUUCAGCAGUCGAACAUCUCUGAAGCGGAUGCACAAGACUCGGAGAAGGGAGAAGAAGAGAGACUGAAACUUAUUUUCCAAUAACUCUAAGAUUGAAUACAAAGUGCCAGCAUCAUGCCUAAGCAAGUGGAGGUGAGGAUGCACGAAAGUCACCUGGAGCCCAUCGAGGCCAGGCCCAGGAACAAGUGUAUCAGCUGCUUCUCUUCUCUUUUCAAGAACCUGCUGCUCACGCUCACUGUACUCGGUGUGAUUCUGGGGGCUGUGUCUGGGAUGCUGCUUCGUUAUGCCUCUCCCAUCCACCCAGACAUCGUCAUGGUGAUUGCGUUCCCUGGAGACAUCCUGAUGAGGAUGCUGAAGAUGUUGAUCCUGCCUCUCAUCAUCUCCAGCUUAAUCACAGGUCUGGCUGGGCUAGAUGCCAAGUCUAGCGGUCGCCUGGGCACCAGGGCAAUGGUCUACUACAUGUCCACCACGGUGAUUGCUGCAGUGCUGGGAGUCAUCCUAGUGCUGGCCAUACACCCUGGAAACCCCAAGAUGAAGGAGCAGCUGGGAGAUGGCCAAAAGCACGAUGAUGUGUCCAGCCUGGAUGCCUUCUUUGACCUCAUCAGGAACCUGUUCCCUGAGAACCUGGUGCAGGCCUGCUUCCAACAGAUCCAAACGGUUACUAAGAAGGUGGAGAAGGUGAUUGAGGAAGACAUCAAUGCCACCACCACCUUGGAGGGCCUCCUGUCCAACGCCACCAAGGAGCCUGAGUUCAUCAUCAAGAAGUCCCUCCAGUUCAAGAGUGGCAUGAACGUGUUAGGAGUGAUUGGCUUCUUCAUUGCCUUCGGCAUCUGCAUGGGGAAGAUGGGAGAGAGGGCCAAGCUCAUGCUGGAGUUCUUCAACAUCCUCAACGAGAUUGUUAUGAACCUGGUUAUCAUGAUCAUGUGGUACUCUCCCUUCGGUAUCUGCUGCCUGAUCUGUGGAAAGAUCAUCUCCAUUGAUGACCUGGAGGUGGUUGCUAGGCAGCUGGGGAUGUACAUGGUGACCGUGAUUGUGGGCUUGAUCAUCCACGGAGCCAUCUUCCUGCCUGCCAUCUACUUUGCCAUUGUCAGGAAAAACCCCUACACCUUCUUCAUGGGCAUCUUCCAGGCCUGGAUCACUGCCUUGGGGACAGCCUCCAGUGCUGGUACACUGCCUGUCACCUUCCGUUGCCUGGAGGAAAACUUGGGCAUCGAUAAGAGAGUCACCCGUUUCGUGCUCCCUGUCGGCGCUACCAUCAACAUGGACGGAACCGCCCUCUACGAGGCCGUGGCAGCCAUCUUUAUCGCCCAGAUGAACAACAUCUACCUGGAUGCUGGUCAGAUCGUCACUGUCAGUCUGACAGCUACCCUGGCCAGUGUUGGUGCGGCCAGUAUUCCCAGUGCUGGACUGGUGACUAUGCUUCUAAUCCUCACUGCAGUCGGCCUGCCAACUCAGGACAUCAGUCUGCUGGUUGCUGUUGACUGGCUCCUGGACCGGUUCCGUACCUCGGUGAAUGUGGUGGGAGACUCGUAUGGCGCGGGUAUCGUGUACCACCUGUCCAAGGCUGAGCUGGAUGAGCUGGACGCUACACAUGGCAAGUCGGGCGACAUCGAGAUGAUGAACAAGACCUCGUCCUACUACGAUGACCUCAAGAACCACCACGAAAACAACUCCAACCAGUGCGUCCAGUAUGCCGCUCACAAUUCAGUCGUAGUAGAUGAGUGCAAGGUAACCUUGGCCACUAACGGCUCUACCGCUGUGGCAGCCGUGGCGGAGCGCACACUUGUUGAGGAGGAACCCCGGAAAAGUGAAUAAAGCCAGCACACAGAACCCCAGCUCCACAGGCUUUCUUAUCUGGUGAAAAAAAAUGUGAACAAAAAAAAGUCAUGCGAACAGAACUACUAAUUGUUUUUCUUAUGUAUCUUUAUUUUGCAUUUGUAUUAGUCCCUUUACAGUGUUUCUAACCGUCUAUCUGACUGACAGAUGAAUAAUACUAAUUAACUUAUCAGUGAAACGAUAACAGAGGUAUGUUUUACCUGUUAGAACACUAAUGUGUGCAUCAUAGCAAACACUUGAACAACGGACAUCAAGGCUUGGGAGGGAGGGUGGGAAGAGAAAAACAAACUGUUACUUAAAUUAUUCCUAGAAUUGUUUCUAUGAGAGCACUGCAUUCAAAACAGGGGGAGGGUCAGUGUGUGGGGGAGUAACACUGGAACAACAGUCCUUCAGAGUGUGAUGGUAGCUGUGAGUUUGACACUGGCAAUCUGGAAGUCUAACAACAGACUGAGUGUGGGACAUGAUCAUGCUAAACAUAAGGUAUGCCUGUAUCAAACUCCACAUUAUAUUUUUAGCAGCGUGUCAUUACUAUUAUCAAUGAUACCACAGUAGACAGCUGUUAUUUGACCCCUGGCCCGAUUUACCUCACCUUUUACCUAUACCUGACAGAGCCCCUGUAACCUAUCUGAGUGUCUUUGCUACCUGCUAUUACCCACAAUCCCAUGGGGGAACCCCGUUGGUGAUAAUGUAGAAUGUAGAGAUAAGGCAGGGUCUGCAGACUGAGCCUUACUCCACAAGCACAUGUUCUCUGAAAAGCACAAAGAAACAUGGAACCUCUACUCCCUUUUUUAUUGUUAUACAUACAUUUUGUUGACUACUGUAAGGGAGAGGGACUUUUUCAAUGUCGCCUCUAGUGUGAGAUUAUUUACUGUAUCUGUGUGAUUUGUGUGUGGUUGAUUUGUGUGUGUGUGUGUGUGUGUGUGUGUGCGUGUGUGCGUGUGUGUGUGUGCGUGUGCGUGCGUGUGCGUGUAUGGGAUGGGAUUGAGAACAUGACAUAUCUCCCCAUUACUGAUAAGGACCAAACAGGCAUAUGAUAAAUCAAGCCAGAAGCCUUCGAAACGCCUCCAUGACACGUGUUUUGGGGUUUCUUACUCUGCACACAAUCCAUUUGUAGCUAACUCCAGGUGGAAAGUGUCUCAUCACUCAUUUAAACUUCCAAAUUAGCUAUUAAGAAAUUGAUAAAGCUCUCUGCCCCGCAAUUACUGCAACACAUGAAAAUCAAAAGUAAAGGUAAAAUUUGUCUCCAAAUACAAAUAUAUCAAUAUCUUCAGUUCAGGACUGUAUUUCAUAUUAAUUAGUUCAAAGUACUAGGAAGUAUUUAUUAUACCCAUCCCAGAUAUUCUGAAGCUAUCAAUUUCAUGAUGUGAGGCCAACAAAAAUGAGAACGAAGAGUUAAUUGGGAAGUACCUAGAAAUAUAUCUAGAACCAUGAUUAGAAAAUAUAAAGUUUUAAAACAGAAUACAAAAACAGAAUAUAAAUUGAAUACUGAGUCCAUAUAGCACAAUUGCAGCUUAGAGUAUAAACUAGUUAUGUAUGAUUUUUUUUAAUCCCUUUUUGACACUGAUCUCUUUUCACAUUCAUCAUUCAUACUUUGAGGAACCCAAUAAGGGAAGCUAUACUCAGGCUUUAGCACAAACUCCUUGGAUUUGAAAGAGACACUUUCACAAAGUCCUCAACACGUUUAGCUGCUCAUGAAAGAAAAUAGGCCAUUGACAAUUGCCUUGUAUAGCACAAGUUGGAUAUGAAUGCUUGACUUUGAACACGUGGGCUGUUUACCACCUUGAUAUUUUUUAAAGAGAUGUUUUGUAUACUUGAACCUAUAUGACAGAGAUAAAGUUUCCCUUUACAACUAUUCAUAAGUAAGCUACUUUUAUUAAGGGAUUCUUGUUAGGAACAGCACACAAAAACUUGCCAAAUUUUCCAACACUAACAUUCCAGUGACUCAAACUUUCUUGGGUUCCCUUUUUGCAUGAAAGCACAAACACAUAUUUGAUCAAAGAUGGUACAGAACAACCACAGAGCUUAAAUUAAAGUGCAAGUUUCAACAGGUUGAUAACUCCCUGCACAACUAGUGGCCAGGUGGAGGUAUUACAUCCUUACUAUUUUUUGCCAGACCCUUAGAAGGGUCUUCUUAGUGAUUAAACAACUCUAACCUCUUACCACAGAUGCUGACGACUGUUCUCAGAAACCCUGAAUGCUGCAGCUAUGUGUAUCAUUGGUCUCAUAUGGUUACUACUGUAGAGCAGUCAUCUGGAUGCAUGGAAUGUUCACUGCAGACUUCCCAACUAUUAGGUAGGAGAAUUCUAUCCCCCUAAUGGAACCUAAAUGUCUAAAAAGAGAAACACACACAAAGUUAGAUCACCGGCUGCUAAUAUUUAAUGCGCGUGUGUGAUUGUAUGAGAGAUGUUUUGUGCAGGUGAGGCGUUCUGCAGGUGUGGAUGUCAUUUCUUUAUCCGUGUCGUGUCCUGCUCUCUUGUCUUGUUUUGAUCAUUUUGCUCAAUGACAACCUUGCCUUGAAGAUGUUAACUCUAAACUGUGCAGUCAGUUUGACCGUCAUGACAAUGCUGAUUAAAGUAACAGUAGAAAAAUGAACACUCACAUUCAUAGUGCAGUACACAGUCCCUUAGUUACCUUAAACACUUUCUCAGUCAGAAGAUCUACGCCAUGUUGCUUUUGAGCUUGUAUAACUGCCAUCACACACAGACACACAGACGCAAAUACACACACAUGCAUGCACACUUGCGCACACACACACACACGCACACACACGCACACACACUGACACACUUAAACCUGGAAGGUCACCACACACAUUCUUACAUGCAAUGAGUGAGCUGAAGAGCACAGCAUUGAAACCCCCGAUGGCCCUAGGGCCUAACCUUUGACCCUGUGACCUUCAGUAAUAAGUCCUCCAGUAGGGAGAGGAUGCAGACCAGUGAUUCAUCAAUGGGGAUUGAGUGCUGGACCAUUAUUAUGUUCAAACUCACUGUUUGCAUGAAGUAAAAAAUGAGUAUAAUUUUUAUACACCACUAUCUUAAAAGCAUGAUGUUGAAGUGCCUCCUUGCACUUUGUGUAUAUAUUGUAGGUAACAGAUAUGUUUUUUGUUUGUUUUAUUUGGGGGGGGUGUUGACAUGGUAUGUAGAAAUAGAAAUGAAUUGCUGUGACAUUUUUUGUAAUCCUCUAGAAAAAUAUAAUCUAUGUUCUGAAUAAAAAUAGAUUAGUCAAAAUGUAUAGAAAAUAAUGUGCAAGAAAUUGUUUUAUUUUUAUUUUUUAAUAGCUGUUAACUAGUUGUCUCACUUAGCUGUCACACAUCUGGGUAUAAAUAUAUUGUUUUGUAUCUAAUGUAAGCGUCUUGAAUGUUUGUUCCAUGGAGAUAUGUCGCGUGCAUUCCUUUUCACUGUACAUAAAUAUAUGUAUAUAUAAUUACUCUGUUCAAUGGCACUGCAGAACGUUCCAGAGGAUACAAUGAUUUUGAAGCAAACAUGUUGAACUGGAAAGACAAAGCGAAAGAGGAAGGAAAGUAUCUGAUUAAAGAAGGGAGUCCACAUGGGGUGGUGGGCUCUUUCUAAUUUGGUGAGAUGUGGAUGUAAUCAUGACUAGGUUUGCAGAAGAAGAGAAAAAGAUCAAAUUUACCCUGUACGUACUAUUAACUAAUGAAACAAGAACAGCCGAGCUGUUAGUUUAGUUCAUUACGACUGAAAUAGCAAAUCUGAUCAGAAUGUCAGGUGUAGUACCUGCCAAAAUAUAUCUCCUAAGAUGAUCGCCCAGAUCCUGGUCAAAAAUUCAUUCUAGACUUUCUACCAGAGAACACCAACACACCUUUAGUGUCCACCAUCUUGUCUUGUGCAGUAUGCACUAUGCUGUGGCAAUUACAAGACAUGGAUAUCUAUACCAAACAGUCAAGGUUCAUGUUUAGAUUCUGCCUAAGAGUUAAACUGUAACAGUAGUGAGCCCAAGUGUCAUAUCCAUGCACUAGCCUCUGUCGAACCAGCACUUUCAAACCACCAGCACCAUUUCAAUCAACCCUCCAGGCAUAUAUUGAUCAAUUUGCCUUUUUGCUUUUCCUAAUUGUCAUCACAAUUGCCUGCAUGCACCAACAAAUCCAAUAUAUUAAGUAAAGGAUGUCAAAAUGGAAAUUGAUUGGCACAGUAUUUCUAAGAGUAGCCAGUAGAUCUUUAUAUCUAUAAGUCUGUAUUCUACAGAAGUCUCUGUCUUUCUGAUAGGAUCAUACUGAGUAUCCUGAUAACCUAUCUAUUUGAAAUGUUGUUGUUGUAAUAUUGAUGUAAAGGGAGAGCUUAUGUGGGGGGAGAUAGAAUAUUAAAAAAUAAAGGCAAAACAUAUAUGAAUUAUUUUCUUUACCAGCUCUGUGGUAUAAAAGUAUGUUCAUAUCAAUAAGUGUUGUACCUUUGGUGUACAUAUGAUUAUGAUAACUAAUAAAUGUUGAUUCAUAACUAAA